UUUACCUGUAAUUUGAUCAAUCUCGACUCUCUCUGUGUGUGUAGAAGAAAUGGAGGAGAAAAUCAGCUGCGACGGCGGUCACGAAUUCAAGCUGCUGCUCUCAUGUCCUUCUGGCCUAUCUCCUUCACAGGUUUCAGUUGUUUUCAAUGAAGCAUACGACAGGAUUCCCCAUCCCGAUUCUUCUUUGGAGCAGUCCAUUUCCGAGAUAUGGGACGCAAGAGUUCAACAAAGUUCAUCACUUUACAAUGGAACGAAGUUUAGGUAUGGAGGAUACAACUUCAAUGUAGGAAAUGAUCCCAAGCAACAGCCUCAUGUUUCCCUUCAGCUUGGUCUGACAGAUUAUAGGACAUUUGUUGGAACAAAUUUAAGUCCUAUAUGGGAAAGAUAUCUUGUUCAAUCUGAAGAACUGCAUAUAACAUUGCACAGAGCAGAGACUUCAAAUGAUUGCAUACAAUGUCAACACACAUCAAGUCCCCUGGGUAAUGGUGCACUUGUGGAGACUUCUGACAAGAAAAUACUUGUGCUUCAGAGAAGUAAUAAAGUUGGAGAAUUCCCCGGAUAUUUUGUUUUUCCUGGAGGCCAUCCAGAG